AUGGGAAGGGAACCCUCCAUUUCAGAUUCCGAUUGGGAUCGGGCUUUCACGGACGAAGAACUUGAAGCCAUCGACGCCAUUUGCAGAUCCGCCACCACCAUCUCUUCCUCUUCAUCGUCCUCUUCGUCAAUCAAGAAGCGCCACGUGCUGGAGUGCACCAACGACCUUGCCUCGACAGUGUCGCCUCCCAAGACUCGCCGCCGAUUGCCUGAAUCUCUAUUCACAUUCCGGAAAGAACUGCACACAUCAUUCUCUUUUUCUCCUUGCUCUAGAAAUCGGUUUAUUUCUCGUGAUAAUACUGUUCGCUCUCCCUAUCAAGAUGUGAAAUUUGGAGGUCGGAUUGUAUAUAGCAGAACCGUUGAAGAGGUAGAAAAGGCUGCAGAUGAGCUUCUUCAUUUCAUAGAAGCUAAGAAAAGUAAAGAGGGCAAGUGCAUCCUUGGUCUGGAUAUCGAGUGGAGACCCACUUUUAGAAAAGGUAGCUUCAACUCCAUCAAUGUACCUGGGUAUCAAAAUUCAUUGUACGAGAAUUGCUUUCAAAACGCCUUUGCCAGCUCUGUAUGGACCACCAGAUGCUCCCAAUAUGAGAAGGGAGGAACUGGAAUCUGUCCCAAGGCAACUGCUGCACUUUGCUUGUGGUUGCAAUUGUUAGAGAGGAGAAAUGUAAUCUUUGGUCCUGCUCUAUGGGAGUUCCAUCUUCACAACUGGGUUAAGGCACCCUUUAUAGCAGAUCAGGCGUGUCCAAAAAUCUCAUUGCACAAUAUUUUCAGCCCUUGCUAA